ACUUCCUUUUCCACUCUCCCUCUAGGGUUCUCAAGCAACCACUUUAGCGCUGCUCUAGGCUCCGCCUCUGCUCUCGCUCGCAAUGCCUUCUCCUUUCCUUUAUGUUUUAGUUUGGUUCCACAUCAUUGUCGUGCAUAAACCUCGCAUCCUACUAAGGAAGACUUCGACCUCGUCGUCGUUGUCGCCAAAGCUACCCUCUCCCGCAACAAGGGCACCAAUUGGGUCUUCGCUUCUGGCUCCGUUCUGGCUUGCUACAUCCACACCAUCGCUGCCAAGAUCACCAAGAAAAAAGCUUGAACUAGCAAAACUCAAAGUUAUUGACUGUGGAAAACCAGUUGAUGAAGCCGCCUGGGACAUCGUAACCUCUCACAUCCCUAAAUUGCUCACCAAGCCUCAAGCCUCAAGCCUCAAGCCUCAAGCCAUGGGUCAUGAGCACUCCAACUUUUGGGAUACAUACUCAGACUAGUGGAUCAUUGUAUAGUGCCUUAAUUGGGCCCAAGGAACAGUGGGUUCAACCCAAAGGGACCAGAGGUACAAGGAGGAGGGCCAGAGGUUUGUUAUUAAAAAUCUCUUGUAGUGUUCUCAAUUUAUUAAGACUGAUAUAUCCACACGAAAGGAAAUGGAAAAGAAAAAAAAAGAGUUAUUUUGCAUGUAAAAGGAAUUGUUAGGUGAUGAAUCUGUUCAGAGAUGAUUUAAAUAAUGUCUUGUUGAUAGCAGUCCAACCCACAACUCUCGACCCACGAGGAUUACUAAAGGGCCCAUCACUCUUAACAAGAGCUCAAAGAUACUAACAAAUCAGGAAAUUCAUAAGGAAACACAGAUUUUGCAGUUAAAACAUAUAGCUAGCAUCAAGAAGUAUUGCUUGCCAUGGCUGAGAAGUUUCAAGCUGCUAUUUAUGGUGAAAGUUAGUGGAAUAUUAUUAAUCCAACAAGAAGUGUGUUUCCUCUUAUGCCAUCAACUUGUUCUGUGGCAGUAGCUGAUGCAGGAAACUACAACACUUGGCAAAGUAUUACUGAUUUCGUGGAUUUGAAGGGAACAAGGUCUUGUGUUGAGGAGACUAAUAUUAACUUGGUUUCUUCUGAUACUUCUAUGAGUUUUCUUUAUGCCGAGAAGCCACACCAGAGUGGAAUUGGCAGCAUCUUGAUCGAUUCCAUCUUACAAAUGAUGGGUUUUGGCAUGUCAUCUUCAACUUCACCGAAUUGGAGUCAAUCUUUAUUGGAGCAAUUUUGAUUCUGUGCUUCAAAAAGAAACAAACGUAGUUGGUGGUGGUUCUUCCAAUGAUUCACAAAUUCAAAAGGAUUGGAGUCCAAACAAUUUCUCAUCUAGUGGUG